GCAGCGAGGGCGAAACCAAAAUAUCCUCCGAUGGGUAAAAAAUUCCUUCCGUGGGGAAAGGAGGGAGGGGGAGAAGGGUGGAAAGAGGAAAUUGCGGGUGACCCUCGAAGUCUCUUCGGGGAAGGAUGGAGGAGUCUCCGGGAGGCCGAUCCCCAGCCUUUUCGGGGGAGGAGGAAUCGCAGAGCGUCUUCGGGGAGCCUGGUCCUGCCCAGCUGUCCUGGGGGGCCGGGGGACCCCGCGAAGUCUCUUGAGGGGAGCGCGGAGCCCGCCGAGUCACGGCGGCGAGGGGGAAGCGACCCCCGCCAGAGCCGGGGGGGCGGCGAGGCGGGACCAGCUCAGCUGCGAGGCCGGUCCUUUAAAAAAAAAGGAGAAAAAAAAAAAAAAAGAAAACAAAAAAAAAGCCCCAACAAAACAGAAGGGGGAAGAAAAAAAAAAAGCGCGGGGGGGGGAUAUAAAAAACGAUCGUCUUCGGCCGGAGCGGUCUGUCCUGGGGGAGCCCCGAGACCGCUCGCUGCCCUCAGGUGCGGGUCCCCGCGGGGGCGGUGGGCGGAGGGCCCCCUCCCCGAGGCUCCUGAGCAGGGCGGGGAGGCGGCGGCCGAGCCCCGGGCUCUGCUCAGCCCGAAGGGGUCGGAGCCCCGCAAUUCCCGGCGCCGCCGACACACACAGGGACGCGGCGGCCGCCGCCGCUGCUGCCGCUGGCGGAGUCGGUGCCGCGAAGCCCCCGUCGGCGCGUCGCCUCCCCUCAGCGGUGCCUCUGUCGGCGGCUGCCCGGCCGCGGCAUCCUGUGGCGGCGGGAGCCUCAGCGCGGGUCCCCCAUGGCCGGAGCGGGAGCGGAUCCGGCUCCCGGCACAGCUCAGUGUCUGGAAGAGAGGAUUAGUGUCUAACACUGGCUUUGGUGUGGCUGCACCUCCCAGUUUUGAGGACCUCAGCUCCUGUGCCUCUGCUCACUUCUCUGUACAAUGCAUUUUGGGAUCUGGUUCAUCAGUCCUGACAUCACAAAAAAUCCUUCUACAGGAUCCCAGCACAAGUGCAGAACAUCAUUUGUCCACUAAACCUAAACACAGCAUAAGGAGCUGAUAAAAUAUCCACAUAGAGGGAAGAAAACUACCACAUCAACUAGGGAAUUCUGAACUCGAAAUUCUCCCUGGCUCAGAACCUUGAAGCUUUCCCAAUUCCAUGUCCAGCACCUCAGAACAGCAAGACACAAUGGAGAACAAUCACAUCCAUGGCUGGUGAAUCCUGCACCUGAGACA